AUGCGCAGUGCACGCGCCCUCUGAGCCGCUGACGUCACAUAUUUAAUGCUCCUACCUCAACUCGGCGCUGUGCAGUCUCCCAGUCUCCCCGGAGGAGCGUGCCCCAUCAUCAGCGUCUGGAAACUCCGAGCUGCACGUUCUUCAAACAAUGAUGGAUAUAAUAACCGCAACUCCGUUUUACCACAUCAAUGCCACAGAAGUCACUGGGAGGAACGGCUCUUUGUAUGAUGAAGAUGAAUAUGACUACAAGGACGAGCAUGCUGAGCUAAGGCAGUCCCUCAACAUCAUGUCCCUCAUCGUUUACUGCUUGGCUUUUGUGCUUGGCGUAUUGGGCAAUGGCGUGGUUAUCUGGGUGACUGGCUUCAAGAUGAAGGAAACUAUCAAUACGGUUUGGUUUCUCAAUUUGGCUGUGGCAGACUUUCUCUUCACGGCUUUCCUGCCACUCAGCGUGACAUACACAGCCAUGGAUUUCCACUGGCCUUUUGGGAAGUUUAUGUGCAAACUCAACAGCACCAUAAGCUUUUUAAACAUGUUUGCCAGUGUCUAUAUUCUGGUUGUCAUCAGUGUGGAUAGAUGCGUGUCUGUGGUCUGGCCAGUCUGGGCUCAAAACUACAGGAGUGUGAGAAAAGCAUCCUGCGUUAGUCUAGGGGUGUGGGUGCUGGCUCUGAUCCUCAGUGCUCCUUACUUCAUCAUAAGAGACACAGGUCGUUCCUAUCACAAUGAGGACAUAAUCAACUGCUUCAACAACUUUGCUUUCUCGGACGACUAUGAAACACCUGCGGUCAACCAGCUCAGACAAUUUCGGCAUCAAGCUAUGACCAUUACUCGCUUUCUUCUCGGAUUUGUUGUCCCCUUCACUGUCAUUGUCUCCUGCUAUGCUGUCAUAAUUCACAGACUUAGGAAGAACCGCAGUUUGGCUAGCCAGUCCAGUCGUCCUUUUAAAAUUAUUGCUGCUGUUAUUACAACAUUUUUCCUUUGCUGGGCUCCAUACCACAUCAUGGCACUAAUUGAGUUGGUCCAUCACACGGCCAGUCCUCCAAGUGAAACUUUGGACCAUGUUAUCACAAUUGGGGUUCCUAUUGCCACUAGCUUGGCUUUUCUUAACAGUUGCCUAAACCCACUGCUGUAUGUGUUCAUGGGACAAGAUUUCAAGGAUAAAGUUCGCAAAUCAAUCUUAAAAGUCCUGGAAACAGCGUUUCAGGAGGAGGUGUCUCGCUCGUACACCUGCACAAACUCAAUGAUCUUAAGUCGGAGUAAAGAGAAGUCUGUGUCUGAAGCUGAGGUAUAAGACAAUGGCAGAAAUACUGUCAAAUGUACAUAUCUUUGACACCACUGUAUAUAAAAUUACAGCUAUCCUUUUUAUUACUACUGCUUUCAGUUAAUCUUUAAUUAAGUUCUUUAAUUAAAUGUUACAUUCUACUAAAAUAUAUGAACAAGAGCUCCCCUUUUGUUCCAUUGUAAAUAUGUUUUAAAUAGAUAGGCCUAUAUGUUUACACUUUGUAAUAUGUACACAUAUGUGCCAGUUCUGUCAACAAUUCGUGGAUAAAUAAAAUAUUUCUUAA